CUAGGGGUGGCGGGAACGGGCCUUCCUUCUCCUUCGUGCCCGCGGGCGUGAGGGGAGGCCGGGCGCGGGGGGCCUGGCGGCUCGGUGCCGCGGAGGGCGAGCGGCGCCCGCCCCCGUGGGCUGGUGACAGAGCUGUUGUGGGCAUCGGGUACCUCCGGGCCCGGCAAGGUGUGAGCUGCCAGGAGAGCCCCAGCCCUAGGCCGGCUGCUGAAGGGCCUGCAGAAAGCAUACCGGCCGGGGCCGCAGGCCUCCUGCAUCCAGCUCCCGCGGGUGGUGGCGUUCGUUGGCCCUUCCUGGCUGGCUGUGUCCCUUUACAUAAGGUAGAACAGAGGUUUACGGGAGACCCAGAGAAUAGAAUCCCCUAUAGCCUCCCGCGCUGCAAACUUGAUCCUCGUUUGGUCGGUGUGAGGAAUGAGGCCUGGCCCCAUAAAGGGCUCUUUGCAUGUAUUAAGUUGUCGGCUUUACAUCGUUUGCUCAGAAGCUGGGAGUUGCUGUUCUUGGAACGCCCUUCUUGUAGUUCUUUGCACUCCUAAUAGCCUAUGGGCAUUUUCAAAUUUAUUCACAAACAGUAAGGUAGUAACCCAGAAUCAUUCAGGAUAAUGGAUAUGUGGUCAUCAAAUUGGGAUAGCCAGACUGACUUCAGAGUGAGGGCAUGUAGAAUGCCAGGGAUCCCCACUAGCAAAACAGCUAAGCUGUUUUGAAGGACUUAGCUUUGAAGUGUUUAUAAAACUUGUUUCAAUUUUGAGGUAGUGCAGUUAGUAAUGGAAGAAGAGAUGAACUUAAAUCUUUAGUCUGCCUAUGGUGUUCAUGUUUGUGUAUAACUCUCCAUAGUUGAGUAAAGUGAAACUUUAAAACAGAAUGUCAUAAAAAAUACUGCGUUGUCAAAUGUUGCUAACAACCAUGGUGCUCUUUCUUAUGAAAAAAAAAAAAAAUACUGGUAGGCUUUUCUGGCUUUUACUGCCUCUUAAAACUUUCAGAAGUGUUAAUGGUUCCGUUUCAGAUAUGUCUAAAUAUUUUCUUAAUGAACUAUCAGGUACUGUUGCGGUAAUUACUUCAGAUGGAAGAAUGAUUGUGGGAACCCUCAAAGGUUUUGAUCAGACCAUUAACUUGAUUUUGGAUGAAAGCCAUGAACGAGUGUUCAGUUCUUCACAAGGGGUUGAGCAAGUAGUGCUGGGAUUAUACAUUGUAAGAGGUGAUAAUGUUGCUGUCAUUGGUGAAAUUGAUGAAGAGACAGAUUCAGCUCUUGACUUGGGGAAUAUUCGAGCAGAACCUUUAAACUCAGUUGUGCAUUGAAAAGAUGAAAAUGCACAUGGACUUUGUAAAUCUUCGGUUGUACAGACCUAUUUAACAACAUGGAUGAUUUUUACAAAUUGUGUUUAAUUUUAGUCACCAGUUUUUUAUUAUGAAUAUAUUGUAGUUUGCCAUGUAAAGUAAAGUUUCUACGUUUUACUAAAGAAGUUUUCAUUGAAUUUC